GCAAGUCUCCGUGCAGACGAAGCGGUCUAACUUCCUUGUUUCCGGUCUCUCUGUCUUUCUAUAACAGGGCUUAUCUUAUGCCGCAGAAAAGGUGCAGUUUUGAGUUGCAACUGGACGACGUUGUUAGUGUCAGUUCCGGAGCUCAGAGUGCUAGAUCUGAUUCUUGCAUGACAUUUCGUCGCAGGCCAGGACCGAAGCGUCAGGCUAAUCCUCUAAGCUUGCUGAAGUAGAUAGGACAUCGGAGUGAUUAAUGUGGAUGAACUCUUAGUUGCAAUUGUCAGGUGGAUACGCUCAGUAAACUCAGUUUUCAGUGUGGCAAGAUGGCACAGGUAGAGAGAGGUCUCCUUCCACAGGUGUUAGCAUUACUGUUGUUGUGCAGCGGACUACUGCUGCCUGGAGUGAUAGGCCAGGGGUACUGGGAGAUAGUGAAGGAAAAUGCAGGAAUCGCAACCAUGCAUGCUGCGGUGACACACUACGGGAAUGUCAUUCUUCUCGACCGCACUAAUAUCGGUGAUUCGCAGCUCCCGUUGGACAAUGGGCGGUGUAGGCAAAAUGAAGUUGAUCGGGCCAACAAAUAUGACUGCACGGCGCAUUCAGCAAUCUUCUCCCCUGGAUCUAAUGAAAUCAGGCCACUUUUUAUCUUCACCGACACAUGGUGCUCAUCAGGGCAGUUCGACGGGUCCGGAAAGAUGGUUCAAACGGGUGGAGACGCUGAAGGAGUGGCUAAGAUUCGCAACUUCCAACCCUGCGGCGACGGGGGGGGUUGCGAUUGGGUAGAGACGGACUCAAGUCUCCAGAUUGGAAGAUGGUACGCAUCCAACCAGCAGCUCCCCGAUGGCACGCAAGCAGUAGUUGGCGGGCGAAACGCAUUCACUAUUGAAUACGUCCCUGCAAAUGGCCGCGGCCAAACCACGUUGGCCCUUCUCCAGGAGACUAACAGUCCCCAGAACGACAACCUUUACCCAUUCGUGCACCUCCUCCCCAACAAUAACCUAUUUAUUUUCGCAAACAAGGACAGUAUUCUCUACGACUGGCAGAAGAAUGUCGAGGUGAAGAGACUUCCUCAGCUUCCAGGCGAGCCUCGGAACUACCCCUCCGCUGGAAGCUCCGUCAUGCUCCCCCUGAAAUCAGGCGACGGGUUUAAGUAUAGCGAGAUUCUCGUCUGCGGAGGAGCCCGCGAGGGAGCCUUCAGUAAUCCUGGUGCGCAGUAUCCUAGUAGCAACACCUGUGGCCGCAUUAACCCCUUGGCUGCGAAUCCGGGGUGGGCCAUAGAAACCAUGCCUCACAGACGUAACAUGGGCGAUAUGAUUUUUACACCGCUGGGCGAUGUCAUCAUCAUCAACGGUGCAGCGAAGGGAUCUCAAGGUUGGGGAUACGCCAGCGAUCCUGUCCUAACUCCAGACCUCUACUCUCCAGACAAAGCCGCUGGAGAUCGGUUCCAGACGCUGGCUGGCUCCUCGAUUCCCCGAAUGUACCACUCCACUGCAAACCUUCUGCCUGAUGGUCGGAUUCUGUGCGCGGGAAGUAAUACCCAUCAGUUCUACACGUUCACGGGGGAAUUCCCCACCGAGCUCAGAAUCGAUGCUUUCAGUCCUCCUUACCUGGGUGGCACUCGUCCCGGCCUGCAGGUUCCCGGUGCUAUGAAGUACGGGGAUGCGUUCACUGGUACAGUCACCUACAAUGGUGACAUCUCUGCCGGUGUGCAGCUCAACAUGGUCAGCUCGCCGUUAGUCACACACUCAUACGCUCAGGGCCAAAGGUUGCUGAAGCUUGCAGCUGAGGCUCCAGUCGGUUCUGGCGCUGGCAAGUAUACAGUAGCCUCAGCUGCACCACCAGAUUCAACAAUUGCGCCUGCAGGAUACUACAAGGUGUUCGCCAUUGUAAAUGGCGUUCCUAGUUGGGCGAAUUGGGUGCAGAUGAGCUAAACGGACCGACUGUAAAAUUGCUCAUUUCCAUUUCUUCUUCUUUUCACAUCCACUGUCUCUUCGGCCACAGAUGCACUUCAAGAUUUAUCCCCCAGUGACGAGGAUUAAAAUUCUCGCCUUCGCUGCAUAAUCCGCCCGAGUAGUUAUAUAUAUAUUUUUUCUGUUCGUUUAUCGAUGUAGACGUCGCCAGUUCGAUUGCGCAGCAAGUGAGAGACUGAAUUGUUGCUGUAGAAUUUUUAGACCACCAUGCGUAAUGCGUGGUUAGGAAUUCAGGCUUGAGCAGAUACCACAGGCAAAGUUUUUCUAGAAGUUUAGUCGUGGACAAUAAUAUCAUUGCAGCCAUGCCCGUCAUGCCGUAUACGUAGAUGAAGCUGCCGAAUCACAGCCUUGUUGUGAACUCCGAGGAUGCUUUCAGAUUGUCUGGACCCUGCGCGAUCCCCCCGCCCCCACCCCAGCUGCAGUCGCCGCACCACAGUGUAGUCUCCCGCAUCGCAUGUGCGCAGAAACUACUGUGCACCGGGGAUCUUCUCCAGAACGGCAGUCCUGAAUCCACAAAGCUGAGCGCUACGUCAGAGCGAAGCAUGCAAUCUCAUCUAAUUAUUCCCGAAAUGCUGUUGUAGAAUUGUUAAUGAUGUUAUGUUGGAACACAAGCAAAAUUAAGAAGAAGUCGAGGCACUGGGCAAAACUCCAGCUCGUUCAACUUAAAAUGAA